AAAAUGUCGUAGCACGGUUCCCGCGAACCAGAUUUUGUAGCGCGCUGUGUCUGCUGGAGGCCAGACGAUGUUUGGAGGCUGAAGUCUCAUAACUCUCUGAACUAGCUUUCCGAAAAACGCGAAGACAUGUCAAAGCAGAGCUCCAUUUUCAGCUUUUUCACCAAGUCUCCGCCGCUGGUCUCCAAGCCGAAACCAAGCUCCUCUCCAGCCGAGGCCGACUUGCCUUCUGCAGUGAAAAAGUCUAACUCCUCUCCGAAGGAGGAAGCUAAUGAAACCCAGCAACAGCAGCUAGCUAACGCUGGAAAAGUGAAACGGAAAAGUAACUCAAAGUCUGCGAGUGGAGGGAUAAAAAAACUGUUCGGGAGCAAAACUCCGACCGUCGAAGACAGCAGCUCAUUUUCAUUCAAAGCUGGUGCCCUAGUUUGGGCCAAAUUGGAAGGGCACCCCUGGUGGCCGUGUAUGGUAAUACCCCAACCCCUGACUGGGCAGCUUUUGAGGGGGCGUGGUCGGGACCAGCGGGUACAUGUUCAUUUCUUCGAUGAGCCCCCCACCAGAGGAUGGGUCAGCACCAAAUACAUCCGGGAGUACCAAGGCUCUGACUGCAGCGAUGUCAAACCCGGAGGGGUCUUCUUCAGUAGCAAACCUGUCAUCCGCCAGGCCAUGAAGCUCGCUGAUGGGGUUUUGUUUGAGAGCCCAGAAGAAAGAGUGAAGAUGCCUCUCUGCAUGGAUCCAUCUGAUGAGGAGGAAGAGGAGGACAUGGAGCUCGACCAGCCAACACUGACUGAUGAAGAACUCAGUGACGAGGAUGAAAAGAAAAACGACAAAACCAACCCAUCGAAAGUUAGUCGCCGCUCCUCUCGCAGUUCAGUAGAAAAGGGAAUCAAAUCCAAGCGGCGUCGCAUCAUAGUAGCUUCUGACAGCGAUGAAUCCGAUGAAGAGUUCAAACCGGAGAAGCAUGCUGCUUCUAGCAGUGAAGAAGAGGAGGAGGAAGAAGGGGCAGCGAGCACUGAAGAAGAGGAGGAAAGUACUCAGGAGUCAGAAGUAGAAAGCCCUGUCAAGCCUGUGAAACGCAAACGUCCUGCUGAGAAAUCGACGAGUUCAAAAGCGAAAGCUCCCGCCACCUUUACGGCCACUCCCAAACGCGCCCCGGCAGCAAUCGCCGCGGACACAAAGUCUCGUCUGACGGCGUUCUCUGCUCCUGACAGCUUCGAGAGUCAGGCCAACGGAUCGGCUUCCGCAGGAGCUGCAACCGUUUGGGAUCACGAAAAGCUUGAGUGGCUGCAGGAAGGCAAGAAGAAAGACGGGAAACGGCGACGACAAACGGAUGAGGACUACGACCCCACCAGCCUGUACGUGCCAGAAGACUUCCUCAACAGAAACACUCCUGGGAUGCGCCGCUGGUGGCAGCUGAAGUCUGAGAUGUUUGACACAGUUAUCUUCUACAAGGUUGGGAAGUUUUAUGAGCUCUACCACAUGGAUGCUGUGGUCGGAGUCAAUGAGAUGGGACUGACGUUCAUGAAGGGCACCUGGGCACACUCCGGCUUUCCAGAGAUCGGCUUUGGCCGCUUCUCCGACGUUUUGGUCCACAAAGGUUAUAAGGUCGCUCGGGUGGAGCAGACAGAGACUCCAGAAAUGAUGGAAGCGCGCUGCAAGGUCAUGGCCAAACCCUCCAAGUUUGACCGCGUGGUGAGGCGGGAAGUGUGCCGGAUCAUCACGCGAGGAACCCAAACCUACAGCGUGUUGGAUGGAGCUCCUUCUGAGAGCCAGAGCAAGUUCCUCCUGAGUUUAAAAGAAAAGGCAGAAGAGGAGAGCUCUGGCCGCUGCCGCACCUACGGCGUCUGCUUUGUGGACACCUCUGUGGGUUAUUUCCACGUCGGUCAGUUUCCAGACGACCGUCACUGCUCACGUCUGCGCACGCUGAUCGCACACUUUGCCCCCGCCGAGGUGUUAUUCGAAAAGGGAAACCCGUCAGUGGAGACGCGCAAAAUUCUCAAGGCGUCCCUGUCCUCGGCUCUGCAGGAGGGGCUUCAGGGCGGGAGCCAGUUUUGGGACGCUCAGAAGACACUGAAAACUCUCUCAGAGGAGGAUUAUUUUAAGGAGUCGGCUGGAGAGGAGCCGCAGACCGGGAGCAGCUUUCUCCCAGCUCUUCUGAAGAAGAUGACUUCUGAGAGCGACUCUCUGUGUUUGUCUCCUAAAGAGGGGUAUGAGCUGGCGCUGUCUGCUCUGGGUGGGUGCAUCUUCUACCUGAAGAAGUGUCUGGUGGAUAAAGAGCUGCUCUCCAUGGCCAACUUUGAAGAAUAUGUUCCUGUUGAUGUUGAGCUGGCCAAAGCUGCCGGACCCUCCAGCUUCUUUGCCCAGACUCGUUUGCGUAUGGUACUCGACGGAGUAACUCUAGCAAACUUGGAGAUUUUUCAGAAUGGAUCUGGGGGAACCGAGGGAACCCUGCUGGAGCGCCUGGACACCUGCUCCACCCCAUUCGGCAAGAGGCUUCUGAAGCAGUGGCUCUGCGCUCCCCUGUGCAAUCCCACCGCCAUCAAGGACAGGCUGGACGCUCUGGAGGACCUCAUGGAAGCUCAAGCUCAAGCAUCCGAGGCUUCUGAGCUGCUGAAGAAGCUUCCGGAUCUAGAGCGUCUUCUGAGUAAGAUCCACAGCAUCGGCACUCCCCUGAAGGGCAAGGACCACCCCGACAGCAGAGCCGUUCUCUACGAGGAGGUCACCUACAGCAAACGCAAGAUUGCAGACUUCCUGUCGGCGCUGGAAGGUUUCAAAACAAUGCAGGAAAUCGUCUCCGCCUUCGCUCAAGUUUCUGCCAAGUUUGGAUCCAAGUUGCUGCGUCAGGUUGUCAGUUUGAAAACAGAAGAGGACGGACUCUUUCCGGAUCUCUCAGUUGAACUGAAGCGCUGGGACACGGCUUUUGACCACCAGAAGGCUCGUUCCACCGGCGUCAUCACCCCAAAAACCGGCUUUGACCCGGAGUUUGACCAGGCCCUGACCGGGAUCAAGAGCUGUGAGCGGGAGCUGAACGAUUACCUGGAGAGGCAGAAGAAAAGACUGGGCUGUAAAAGCAUGGCCUUCUGGGGAACUGGGAAAAACCGCUUCCAGAUGGAGGUUCCCGACAGCGUCUCGGAGAGGAACAUUCCAGAUGAGUACGAGGUGAAGUCGACAAAGAAAGGCUGCAAGCGCUAUGUGACGAAGGAAACGGAGCGGCUUUUCUCCCAGCUGCAAGGACAGGAGGAGAAGAGAGAUGCCGCUCUGAAAGACUGCAUGAGGAGACUGUUCUACAACUUUGACAAGAACUAUCAAGACUGGAAGACCAGUGUGGAGUGUAUGGCCGUGCUGGAUGUUUUACUGGCCUUGAUGCGCUACAGUCAGGGUGGAGACGGCCCCAUGACGAGGCCUGAGGUGGAGCUCCCAGAGGAUGGCGACCAGGCUGUCCCCUUCAUCAACCUUGUUGGAUCGCGUCACCCCUGCGUCACCAAAACCUUCUUUGGCGACGAUUUCAUCCCCAAUGACAUCUUCAUCGGUUGCUCCGAAAACGGUGAAGGUUUGGAGGAGAAUGGCUGUGCUUCCUGUGUGCUCGUCACCGGACCAAAUAUGGGCGGGAAGUCUACUCUAAUGCGACAGUGUGGUCUUGUGGUCAUUUUAGCCCAGCUGGGAUGCUACGUUCCUGCCGAGAGCUUCCGGUUCACACCGGUUGACCGGAUCUUCACCCGGCUGGGAGCUUCAGAUCGUAUCAUGGCUGGAGAGAGUACCUUCUUUGUGGAGCUCAGCGAGACGGCCAGCAUCCUCCAUCAUGCCACCAAACACUCACUGGUGCUCCUCGAUGAAUUAGGGAGGGGCACUGCCACAUACGACGGCACAGCCAUCGCCAGCGCUGUGGUGAAGGAGCUGGCUGAGAAGAUCUGCUGUCGCACGCUCUUCUCUACCCAUUACCACUCGCUGGUGGAGGAUUACUCUAAGAACGCCGCUGUGCGUUUAGGACACAUGGCAUGCAUGGUGGAAAACGAAUGCGAGGAUCCAAGUCAAGAGACCAUCACUUUCCUCUACAAGUUCAUCGGUGGCGCAUGUCCAAAAAGUUACGGGUUCAACGCCGCUCGACUCGCCAACCUCCCCGAGGAAGUCAUCCAGUCUGGACACAAGAAGGCCCGAGAAUUUGAGAAGAGCACCGUCAGCCUCCGAUUGUUCAAGAAGCUAUGCCAGUUUGCUGAAGAUCCUACACUGGACCGCACCCGUUUACUUGCUGUCACUCAGCUGAUCCACACCUUAUAGUUUGCAUCUGCUUUGUUCUGAGCAAUUGGAAAAAACAAAAAAAAAAAACAACACUACUGUUUUGAUCUAAUAAAGUUUAUUUAAAAAAAAUGACAAUGUUUCAUCUAGGAAAUUAAACCCUUUUAAUUCA